AUGCUAAAUAAGAUCUUAUGGAGAUCAAGAGCCACAUGGAAAAAUAUCGAAUUAGGGCCAAGUGAGCCAACUUCUUACAUACUGGAAGCGUUCAGUAAGGAUGCUAACCACUUGAAAGUGAAUUUAGCAAUUAGAUUAGAUUUUUAAAUGGCGUUUAGAGUCACCGCUUCUCUUUGGUGGCAUUAUGUAUGGCACUAGCAGCCUGACUACACAUCUGAAUAGGUGGCUUCCACCUCUGCUAACUCCAAGUCUAGGUCGAAAUCUCUGGCUUCUAGAAAGUGGAAUUGCCCUAUUGGGUGGAAACCUUUACCAGGAACCACCAUUUCCAACUUGGUCCCUUGGAUCGUCUAGCUACUUUCGCCCUGCUAAUCACCCUUUACUGGGAUCACCCUUCUUUAAUGCCCUUUAGCUAGAGAGAUGCUUUGUUGUCGCCUAGCCCUCCUUCCCCUUUUUUAAGGUCAUACCUGGAAAAAUACUUAACCUCUUCCACGAUUCGGGGCAGACCUUCUAGCAGUUUAGGUAGGUAAUUGUCCUGUUCCAUUUCAGGCGCCAGCUUGCUCGGGUACUAUUUGAAAAAGAAAUCACUAGUAGCUUUCCAUUGGAUCAGGCCACAAGCCUGCGGAUUCGUGCUUAAGUCGCUCGUUGCAGGGCACCAGAUAUUGCUGGACUAACUCCUAACUCCAAAAACUAUGCCUAGAUAUGCAUGGAUUACCUUCACACGAGACUGUUUAAUUGAUAUUAUUUACUCAUAAAAAUAAAAUGGCAUUCGGUCCGAGAGAAAUUAGCUUUUUCAGUUUUUCUCUCCCUUAUGGAAUUUUAUUUAUGGGAUUGGGUUUUUCCUCUAGAAUUUCUACACAGCAACAGCAAUUUAACUUUGGGGAUAGCCAGAGGAACUGCAUCUCCACUGGAAGAUGACUCUUACUCCCCCCUCAAGAUAGAGACAUUUUCUCAGUAAAAAUGUCUCUAUCUUGGGGAGUUAGGCGGAACACUCGCGGGAGCUGAGUCGGGGCAGAGCGACGGCAACACACUGGGUGAGAUUUGCGGCGGACCGGAGGCGAAGCUUUGAUAGAAGGCUUGGCCGGUUGGCUAAUCACUGUAAUUCCAAGAUGGUUCAGUGACGUCACUAGUUGGCUUAGCCCCUAUUUAUAGGGAGCGGGCACUAUGCACCUUAAACACAAAGUAAUUAAGUAAGUAAGUAAGAUAUUAUUUACUCACCCCCCGUGAUCGAGCAAAGCCCCCAUGAAAAAUCCCUAUUUUUCGCCCAAAAAUCCACCCUUCGUGAGCGAACCAAAUUUUUUAAUAUCAAAAUUUUAUGAAAAAAGAUUUGAUAUUUAAGUGAUAUUAGUAUUAUGAAAUCUCUAACUAAUUCUGUUUAAUUUUAAACAGCUUGCAUUUUAAAUAUAAAUAAUACAAAUUAAAUUAAUUUUUGCUGCUCACAGAUUUUUAAUUUUGAAAAAAACAAUUUACUAUAAAAUAAGUUAAAAAAUUUUGACCUUGUUCACGGAGGGGGAGUUAGCAAUUGACUCUUAUAGAGAUGAAAACUUGAGGCCAUGAAUACUUCCUUCAGUUCGGAAAGCAGAAGAGCUAAUAAUAAAUUCAGACCACGAUUACACCCCGAUAGAAGGAUUUCCUGAAUUUAUUAAAGCAGCGACACUGCUGGCUUAUGGCCCUUGCUCAGAAAUCAGCGAAGGAAGGGUUGCAAGCAUUCAAGCCUUAUCAGGGACAGGAGCUUUACGAAUGGGAAUGGCGUUUUUGCAUCAAUACUUCCCUCACAGCAAGACUGUGUAUUUUCCAAAACCGACAAUAGAAAACCAUAAAAUAAUAGCGAGGGAUUCCGGGCUCGAAGUAAAAGACUAUGCAUAUUAUGACCAGAAUAAUAAAAUUAUUGAUAUUUCAAAUCUGCUAUUUGAAAUUGAUGCUGCUCCAAGCAAUUCCAUUAUUAUUUUCCAUGCAUCGGCUCACAAUCCAACUGGCACUGAUCCCACAAAGUCCCAAUGGGAACAAAUUCAUGAAGUCGUGGCUAGAAAAGGACAUUUGCCCUUUUUUUAUAUAGCCAACCAAGGGUUUGCUAGUGGAAACCCUGAUGACGACGUUUACCCUGUUAGAUAUUUUCUCCAACAAAAUACUCAAAUUUUAUUAGCCCAAAGCUUUGCUAGAAACUUUGGAUUAUAUGGAGAUAGGGUAGGCUUAUUGUCAGUUAUUUGUGAAAACAAAAUAGAAUGUGAAAAUGUUAUGUCCCAGCUUAAAGUUCUAGAAAGACCCUUCUUUGGGAUGCCUCCUAAACACGGAGGCGAAAUUGUGGGCACAAUUUUAAAUAAUGCAGAGCUAUACAAGCAAUGAAGGAAGGACUUGCUACAAAUGUAUACGAGAAUUACAGAAAAUAGAAGCAAAUUAGUAAAUAAAUUGAUUGAUAGAGGAUCUGUUCAUGAUUGAAACCACAUCAGAGAUCAAGUUGGGAUGUAUGCGUAUACUGGAAUGAGCCCACAUCAGUGUCACGCAUUGAUGAAUUUCAAGCAUAUUUACUUAUUUUAUAAUGGGAAAAUGUCCCUUUCUGGUCUUAAUGACCAAAAUUUGGAUUACGUGGCCGAGUCAAUUGAUGAAAUGACAAGGUACGCUCCGAAAUAUAAGUAUUCAUAA